AUGGGAGUUUCAACGGUUGUAACCACUGCAGCUUCGGUGGCUGAAACUGCAAUGCUGGCUCGAUCGCUAGCCCAAAGCUACUUGCCUCUCGAAGUGCGACAAUACAUCUCCUAUGAAGUCCGCAGCUUCGUUAAACGCUGCAUGGCUCAUUACUUUAAUUCCUCUCAAAUGACAAUAACCAUCGAAGAGUUUGAAGGGUACAAUCACAAUGAAGUCUUUGAUGCUGCAAAGGCCUACGUAGCCACCAAGAUCUCUCAAUCUAACAAAAGAAUCAAAGUGAGUAAACACGAGAAAGAUUCCAAUUACAACGUCGCCGUGGGACAUGACGAGCAAGUUGUGGACGUUUUCAACGGCGUCCAGUUCCAAUGGGUCCUACGUAGCCACCAUGUUGAGACAAAGAAUCAACACUCCAAAUCCAGUUUAGAUGUCAGAUCCUUCGAGCUCAACUUCGAAAAAAGAUUCAAGGACAUAGCUCUUGAAUCUUACUUGCCAUUCAUGGUGAAAAGAUCCAGGUCAAUGAAGCACGAGAAGAAGAAACUCAAGCUCUUUACCCUGGACGCAAGGUACUGGGGGGACUCAUGGACCUCUGUUACUCUUGCCCAUCCUUCUACGUUCAAGACACUAGCAAUGGAUUCAGAUGUCAAGAGAAGUGUGAUGGAAGAUCUUGACAAGUUUGUGAAACGGAGUGAGUACUAUAAGAGAGUUGGUAAGGCUUGGAAGAGAGGGUACUUGAUAUACGGUCCACCAGGGACAGGGAAGUCAAGCUUGAUUGCAGCCAUGGCUAACCAUCUCAACUUCGAUAUUUAUGACUUAGAGUUGACUGCUGUUGUAGACAAUUCCGAGCUCAGAAGGUUGCUGAUUGACACUGGUAAUCGUUCAAUUCUUGUGCUGGAAGAUAUCGACUGCUCCAUCACGUUGAAUAACAGGACAACUGAUGAACGUAAGGAAUCAAGAAACAAGAAAGUGACACUCUCUGGACUACUAAACUUCACUGAUGGUUUAUGGUCAAGCUGCGGCGACCAACGGAUCAUAAUAUUCACAACCAAUUACAAAGACAAACUAGACCCUGCGUUGUUGAGACCAGGACGUAUGGAUGUGCACAUCCACAUGUCGUACUGCACGUCGAGUACUUUCAAGGCUCUUGCUUGGAACUAUCUAGAGAUAAAAGAUCACCCUCUUUUCAGCAAGAUCGUGGAAGGUAUCGAAGCGACAGAGGUUACUCCAGCAGAUGUAGCUGAACAACUUAUGAGGAAUGAGUCUGUUGAUAUUAUUCUUGAGGGGUUGGUUGAGUUCUUGGAAGCCAAGAAGAUCAAGAACGAACAAGAGAAGGCCAAAACUGAGGAGGCUGAUUUGGAGAACAAGAAAAAGACCACUAAGGGGAAAGAUUCAAAGGUCAAGAAAAAAUAG